AUGAAUUUUGUAGAUGACGAUUCAAACAAGCAAAGGGUGCCACGUGACGACCCAACAAAGCAACACAAAGUUUCGAACAAACAACAUAAUGUAUCCACCAAGCAACGUGACAACCCAAUUCAGCAACAUCACAAGCCAAGUGUGCAACGUGACACUACAAUCCUUGAACCUGAAAAAAAAGGG